AUGCGAAUAUGCAGUAGUUCCCGAGACUGUGGUCGAACUAAGUCGUCCGACGAGAGGAUCGAUUUCGCUCUUCGGAGCCUAAUAAAUGUUUUGCAGGCCUUCGCCUCAUCUUCGGCGUCCAACUCAAAAGAGUUGGACGAGCUGAAUUACAAGCAUGAGUGGUCCGAGGAGGACCUCAAUCUGCUACUCAAGGAGCAGAUGGAUAAGGCGCAAGCUGCCACGGCGGAGAUGGAGGCACUUCGUGCCGAGCUUAAGAACGCUCAGACAGAAGCCGAACAGCAAAGGGCUACGUCUGAGAAGAGCAACACCGAGCUCUCCGAGGAACGGGAUGCUCGAAGGAAAGACCAGGCUCGGAUCCUGGAGGUGGAACAGGACUUGAAGGGCCUGUACGCAGAGCGCGACGUCCUUCAAGCCGACAAGAAGAAUGACGCAGCCGAGCUCAAAAGGCUUGAGCUGGCGCACAAUGAGGCCCAGGUCCAAGCGAGGUCAGACCGAGAAGAACUCCGGCAAGUAUCUGAGAUAGCUGCCGGUACCUUUGUGGACCUACCGAGGAGUGCAGCAGAUGCGUGCCAGUACUUUAACGAGCGUGAGGAUGCUGCCGAGCAGAAGGCGUUCUGGGCACAAUUUCAAGUGUCGUCGCAUCCGCCACUCCUCGGUGACCAAAUGAAGCAGUUGAUGGAGCUGCACCGCGUCGCCAGGCCUGUCAUGGAGGACCUCUGCAAUGCCUUAUGGCCCGCCGAGCCGCUGCCGAGCAGUUACUUUGGUUUAAUCCAAAGGCUUCGAAGCGCCAGCCCUCGUGUCCAACUCUGGAAGCGUUCGGCUUGCUUGGAGGGUGCUCGGCAGGCUUAUGCAUCUGUGAAGGCGUAUUAUCCUGUGGUCAAGCCGGAGGAGAUGGCGAAGGGGGCCCCGGAAGGGACGAAGCGGGUGCCCGAGCAGUAUUUUAACGAUGUGAUGCCGGGUGCCCGGUUAUCAGAGGCUAAGUGUCGCAAGGACACUAUUCUUGAGGAUCUUGAGUAGACCUCCCUCGGCAUGCCGAGGUGUAUGAUGUAAAAAAGACAAGUUUCAUUUAAAUGUGAAUGAGUCCUUUAUGGCUGAUUUA